AAAACAUCCAUAGGUAUGGAGAACUUCAUUCUGUAUGAGGAGAUCGGAAGAGGAAAUAAGACAGUUAUUUAUAAAGGAAGAAGAAAAGGGACGAUUAAUUUUGUUGCCAUUCUUUGCACUGAAAAAUGCAAAAGGGCUGAAAUAACGAACUGGGUUCGUCUGACUCAUGAAAUCAGACACAAGAAUAUAGUGACGUUUCAUGAAUGGUACGAAACAAGCAACCAUCUCUGGCUUGUAGUGGAAUUAUGCACAGGUGGUUCUCUAGAAUCUGUUAUUGCUCAAGAUAAACAUCUACCUGAAGAUGUAGUGAGAGAAUUUGGUGUUGAUUUGAUUACUGGUUUAUACCAUAUUCACAAGCUCGGAAUUAUCUUUUGUGAUCUGACACCUGGGAAGAUUCUUUUGGAAGGCACUGGGACUUGGAAAUUCAGUAAUUUCUGCUUGGCUAAAGUGGAAGGUGAAAACUUGGAAGAAUUCUUUGCUUUACUUGGAUCUGAAGAAGGUGAAAGAGAUGUCAGUGAAAGCACUACCCCAAAAUACCCAAAAAACAGAUUUCGAGGCCCUCCGUUAUACAGAGCUCCAGAAGUAAUAAAAGGAGAAGACUUCUCCAAAGCCAGUGAUCUGUGGUCCUUGGGAUGUCUACUUUAUGAAAUGUUCUCAGGAAGACCACCUUUCUUCUCAGACAGCUUUUCUGAAUUAAUUGAAAAGAUUUUGUAUGAAGAUCCAUUGCCACCCAGACCAGAGGGUUCUGCUUUUCACAAACCUUCUGCUGAGUUCAUUAGUUUGCUUGAUGGCUUGCUUCAAAAAGAUCCUCAGAAAAGGCUGAAUUGGACAGAGAUACUGCAGCAUCCAUUCUGGAAAGGAUCCCUUAGCCAUUGUGGUGGUGAUUCUGCAGACAGCCAGGGCACCAGCUCAAGCAUUGAAGAUACAGUCUUGUCUGUGUCUUGGAGUGCCAAAGAGCCAGGGGAUACUUGUAAAAAUCUAGAUAACCUGUCAUCCUCAACAGCAAAUAAGCUACCCAGAAAUUCUUUUAAAAUAGAAACUCAAACUGAAUUGCGCCCCAAAAGUGUGGUUGAUGGUGAAUCAAAUGAGUCAAUAUUUCUUCUCAGUUCUCGUCCCACUCCUAGAACUAGCAUUGCCGUAGAAGUUAGUGAUGCUACGACUGCCUCAAUCCAAAAUUCUCCACAAAGAGAUUCAUACUUGAAAAAGGCUAAAAAUAUGUACUCAAGUCAGCAGGAUAUGGAGUCAACAUUGAAAGAGCUCAUUUACACUGAAUCUGAUCUUAUCAUAACACCAGUCAUUGACAAUCCAAAGAUAAUGAAGCAAGUGCCAGUCAAAUUUGACAUGAAAACUUUACAUAUACCACCAUAUUCAGCUGAGAAGUUAUCUUCUAUGAAAGACGUGGACUGGAAUGACUUCUUGCAACGAAUAUGUUCACUGCUUGAUUCCAUCGAGAAGAAUACAGGAUCAGCACGUUCAAAAUUGAAUUUACUGCAUUAUCUGUGUGCUGUGGCUGUCCACAAAAAAGUUGCAAGCAGGCUAAUUGGCUCUCAGCUGUUUCCUGUAUUGAUACAGCAGCUGCGUGCAGCCGCCAACUGGGAUAUACGUGCCAAAGUUGCUCGAGUGAUUGGUUUACUGGCAUUACAUACAUCUGAACUUGGAGAAAACGUACCUGUUUCUGAGGCAAUUAUACUUUUAACCGAACUCAUCAGAGAGAACUUCAGAAAUAGCAAAUUGAAACAGUGCCUUUUACCAACACUUGGGGAGCUUCUUUACCUCAUAGCCAGCAAGGAGCUAAAAAGGGAGCACUCCAGAGAGUGCUGGGUUGUUCCCUCAGCUGCUUACACUGUGCUAAUGAGGUGUCUUCGGGAAGGGGAAGACCGAGUAGUGAACCAUUUGGCAGCAAAGAUCAUUGAAAACGUUUGCACUACUCUCUCAUGCCAUGCACAAGGAUUUAUUACAGGAGAAAUUGGACCUGUCUUGUGGUAUCUUUUCACACAUUCUACAGCAGAUUCUUUGAAGGCAACUGCUGUUUCGGCUUUAUGCAGAAUUACUCGUUACUCACCCAGUGCUUUCCAGAGUGUCAUUGAAAAAGUGGGAUUAACAGCUGUACUAAAUUCCUUGGCAAAUGGAAUAAGCAAAAUUCAGCAGUACAUCCUCACUAUGUUUUCAGUGAUGUUGUCAUGUGGGAUUCAUCUACAGAGGCUGGUUCAAGAAAAGGAUUUUGUGACUACAAUUACUCGCUUAUUUGAAAGCCCUUCAACAUUUAUUAGAGCAAAAGCCUUUCUGGUCCUGCUACAAGUUUUAAUUAAUAACAGGGAGAUGUUGCUACUUAGUUGUCAAGCAAGACUCGUGAUGUAUAUUGAAAGAGACAGCAGAAAGACUACACCAGGAAAAGAGCAGCAAGGUGGCAGCGAAUACCUGUCAAAAUGCCUGGAUCUUCUUAUCUGUCACAUUGUUCGGGAGCUGCCAGGAAUUCUAGGUGACAUUCUUGCUGCCUUAACUAAUGUCUCUGGACGUAAACACCCAUCAACAGUUCAGGCCAAACAGCUGAAGAUGUGCCUUCCUAUGAUGUCUGUAGUGCUUCAUCUUGUGACAUCUCAGGUAUUUCGUUCCCAGAUUGUCACAGAGGAGUUUCUUUUCCACUAUGGGACUUUACUUAAUUUUAUCAGAAUGAUAGAUUCAGGAGAAACAAAUUUGGAUGGAGCAAUAGGGCAAGCUGCAUCGGAAGAAUUGAUUAAGACUACUUUAUCAACCUUUGAAGCAGUAACACAGCAUCCUGUCUUGUUGACAAUCCAUGGCUUGACUGUUGAAGACUCUGUCCUCCCACCACUAGUUUCUUUGGUAUACAGUCAGAAUGUGGAAUGGAGACUCUUCAGCUUGCGGUUGCUCUCAGAAACCACAUCACUGCUUUUAAGCCACAAGGUCAUAGCUGAGGAGAAAGGAGAGAGCCUGGACUCAAACAGCAAGCUUCUGUCUCUCAUCAGAGAUUCAUUGCUUCCUCAGUAUGAACACAUUCUAAUGGCUCCAGACCCAUUGCCAAUGUAUGCCCUGAAAUUGUUGGUGGCCCUGACUGAACACAGCCCUGCUUCUGUGAGCCUUAUGGAAGAAAUCCAUCUUUUUCCAGUUCUUUUCCAAGUCAUCAUGGAACACCAAGAGAGUAUACUUGGGAAUACAAUGCAAACUGCUGUCGCCUUGCUGAGUAACAUUGUUGCUAAUAAAAGCACAAAUAUGAUGUUACUCUUUGAAGAAGGGCUGGCUCAUCACAUCUGUAACCUCCUAAUAGAAACUGUGGCUCUGUACUUUGAGGCAGUUGAUAAAAGCAGCACCAAGACAGCAAAUGCACUGCUUCUGUCCUUGCUUGACAUUUUGCACUGUAUGCUGACGUAUACAGCAAAUGUUGUGCGUCAGGCUUUACAGGCACAGAAAUCUGGCACAGGAGGGGACACACAGGCUGCUGAAGACCUUCUGCUUAUCAAUAAACCCCUGACGGAUCUAAUUAGCCUGCUUAUUCAACUGCUUCCCAGUGAAGACACCGAAAUAUUCGAGAGUGCCUCGCAGUGCUUAUCAUUGCUGGUUCAACUGUAUGGAGGGAGCAGUCAGGAGAGUAUGUCUCCAGAAAACAUGGACAGCUUUGCUGAAGUACUGAAGUCCAAAAAAGAUACACGACAACAGAAGCUUUUGUUGAGAAUUAUAAAGAGACUGAUAACUUCAAACGAGAAAUGCUGGGAGAGCCUGAAGAAUGAUGGUGAUGUUCUUAUUCAAACUCUAGAGAGCCUGGCCGGAGCUACCAGCUCUCCCGCUAAUGUUGCCAUUGCUUCCUUGGUAUCUGAAAUUCUGAGAACAGCGGGACAUGAAAAUAUCAAGAGUACCAACUGAACCAUUUUCGACCGGUGUACCAAAAAGCACAAGUUGUGGCGGCUGCUCAGCACCUCAGUCCUGCAGGAACAUCUUCAAAUGAGCAGAGCAGACAUAACUAAUUCAGCAAGCUGUGUAUGAACAUGCGUGCGACUUUCGGAAGCUUCAGGAAGGGAGGAAAACUGCUUUUUGCGGGAUGUUUGCUUGGUUUUUAAACCUCUGUAAGGAUGAAUUCUUGGUUACAUUACUUUGCUGGCAUUGUGACGUAGCUGAAGUAUUUGUCAGCCAGAGUUUCAAAAGUGUAAAUUGAAUAAAUCGUAGUUAUUUCACAAUACGGAGAGUGUUCACUGCCUUAAGCUGCUGUUAGAAAUGUUUGUGUAUCUUUUUUGCCCAGGUGAAUGCCCUGACUGUUCCCCUUAAGGAGUUACCUCAUGCCCAGGACUGGCAGUAGACAACGCCAUUUUAUCAAGAAAGGCAGUAUUCCGCAGCUCACGCAACCAGAACGAACUCUUACAGUCAGGUUAAGAGGCUGUGGAUGUCGCAUGUACACGAUAGGUUUUAUCAGCUUUUUACUCAGUAACACAGGUGCCCUUCUCAUUCCCGAGCGCUGCACAGCUUCAGCUCCACAGAUGGGAGUGUCAUUCUCAGCUGCCAGUGCUCCUGGCUGGGGAUCCUCUUGGAAACAGGUGAGAUUACCAGCCUAGCAUUUUGUCAUCUAUCUGCCGUAAAAACCCCAGACCCAGCAGAUGCCACAGAGGGUAAAGAAGUUAAUUAUUUUCCCCGUUUCCUGAGCAAGCACAGCAUGGCUAAGCCCAGUGCUAUGACCACUUCUUCCUUAAUGUAUGUCUUCCUGCCACACCCCUCAAACAAACACAGGUGCCUCACUCAGAGUUGCUGCUACAAACCCGCUCUUGGACAGCCCAGCUCCCCAGAGUACCUGCAGGGCAGCAAACACCCCAUGGUAAACAAACAUGCCUUCACCUUGUGUAUUUUACAGGAAUUGUUCUUAAGUUAAAUAUUACAAUCUCUUUUUUUCAUACUUUAACAGAUGAAAUUACUAGAAAUGGGGAAAAGCCAGCUGGGAGUGUUAUUGUGGUAAAAAGUGUAAAAAGCUUAAGUGUGGCUGAGGAACAAAGGUGCUGCCUUAAGAGAAGUCAGUUACACAUGGGUUGUAACCCAUGUAGUAACUAAGGCUGAGGACACCCAGAAAUAGGUUAAAGCUACUGGGUGAGCUGACAGCUUAUCAGCAAAUUAUUGUCAUCAGGUCCUAGUGACAACACACAUCUAGAGAGCUGAAGUGAGACAGUCGCUUUAGGGAGUGUGUGUGGCCACCAGGCCAGGCACAAAGCAUGAUUUCACCUCAUUUACCUCUUACCCACCCAUGCAAAGUGGUGGCAGGUCAAGGGGAAGAAUCGUGCAGUAGGAAAUCUCUGUCAUUAGGACUUGGAGCUCUAAGGGGUAGCU